AUGAGAUCGCCUGGAAGCUCAACCUGGCCAGCAGCGAGGACGCUCUGCAGAAUGACGAGGGCAGCGAUGCAGCAGUGGGGCAGCAGCUACUUGAGCAAGAUCAACAGGCUGACAGUGAACGGAAGCUGCCGGGCAUCGGCCAAGCAGCUCUUGGAUGCGCAGCUGCGCGACGGCACGCGCAUCAUGAGCGCUGGGGAGGUCACGCUGCGCAGUGAGCAGGCCAUCAUCCAGGCCAGCCAGCGGUCGCGCAGGCGAGGUUGGCACGUAUCGCCUGGGAGCUUUGGCCGACGGGGCGUCCGCAGGGGCUCGCCCACGGAACGGAGGUUAUCGGUGCUGACCGAAAGGAGUUACAUGUCUUGCGAACAUCAUACUUCAAGGCAGCAGGGCCCAGGUGCGCAAUAA